AGCAAUCCCAAACUGCAUGCCCUGGCGAAGGCCCUGUCCCCAGGCUUCCUGAGGUUCGGUGGCACUGAGACAGAUUUUCUCAUCUUUGAUCCCAACAAGGACUCAACUUCAGAAGAAAAAAUCAUCUGGGAACUUCAGGCCCAGCAAGAGGCUUGUGGCUCAAGGCCCGCAUUUGCUGCUGUUGAGAAGCUGCUGCUGGCCCAGUGGCCCAGCCAGGAGAAACUGAUUCUUGCAGAGCAUACCCGGAAAAAGCACAAAAACACCACCAUUACAAGAAAUACGCUCGAUAUUCUCUACAGCUUUGCCAACUGCUCAGGUUUUCACCUAAUCUUUGGGCUCAACGCCUUGCUGCGGAAAGCUGGCUUGCAGUGGGACAGCUCGAAUGCCCAGGCACUGCUGGACUACUGUGCCUCACGGUGGUACAACAUCUCCUGGGAGCUCGGGAAUGAGCCCAAUAGCUUCAGGAAGAAAUCUGGCAUCUACAUCGACGGCUUUCAGCUGGGGCAAGAUUUUAUUCACUUACGCCAACUUCUGAGUAACUAUACCCUCUACCGGCACGCAAAGCUCUACGGUCCCGAUGUCGGGCAGCCCCGAAAGCACACGCAGAGACUGCUGAGAAGCUUCCUGAAAUCGGGAGGGAAGGUGAUCGACUCUGUCACGUGGCACCAUUACUAUGUGAAUGGACGAAAUGCAACGAGGGAGGAUUUCUUGAGCCCUGAAGUGCUGAAUACGUUUUCCACAGCUGUGCGCGAAGUCCUGGAGAUUGUUGGUGGGACUGUGCCCAACAAGAAGGUCUGGCUAGGAGAGACAAGCUCUGCCUAUGGAGGGGGAGCGCCCAGGCUGUCCAACACUUACGUUGCUGGUUUUAUGUGGUUGGACAAACUCGGGCUUUCAGCCAGGCAGGGGAUUGACGUGGUGAUGAGACAGGUUUUCUUCGGGGCAGGGACCUAUCACCUGGUGGAUGCCAACUUUGAACCUUUGCCAGAUUACUGGCUCUCACUGCUCUACAAGAAGCUGGUGGGUACCAAGGUGCUGCAGGUCAGCCUGGUAGGAGCCGACGAGAGGAAGCUCCGUGUAUACCUCCACUGCACAAACACCCUCCAACCAAAGUACAGAGAAGGGGACGUGACACUGUUUGCCUUAAACCUCUACAAUGUUACGCAACAUUUGCAGCUACCGAGCUACUUAUCAAGCAAGCACGUGGAUCAGUACCUCUUAUUGCCUCAUGGCAAAGAGAAUAUACUUUCCAGGUCUAUUGAGCUGAAUGGCCGUGUGCUACGGAUGGUGGAUGACAAAACACUGCCAGAGCUUAUCGAAAAACCCCUUGGACCUGGCAGCGUCCUCGGCCUUCCAGCUUUCUCUUACGGCUUUUUUGUUAUCAAAAACGCCAAAGCUAUUGCUUGCAUUUAA